AUGAAGGACUCGGAGCUGUUUGUGGAGGAUGCAAUCGGCGACUGGGCCUGCAAGCACACGGUUUUGGACAGAAUGGAAUUCAAGUAUGUCAUCCUCAGGCCGGAAAUGGUGCUCAUGUGGCGCGAUGAGCGCGCAAGGCAGCGACAGGCAUCGAUCCUAAAGGAAGGACAUGGUGAAAAGUUCAUGCAAGAGCUGAUCCACGCAGAGCACGUACAGCUCACCAUGAAAGACUUCCACGUCAAGUUCAGGCUUUAUGAUAGAACAAUCCAAGGAAACCUUCCACGGGAUUUCAAUGCUCCUGACAAGGUGAAGACAAAUCUUGCAGGACUGCUCACCACGAUGCCGAGCGGAGGACCAUGGCCCUUCUCAGUGAGGAUGUGCCUGGCGAUCUUCGAUGUCAUCUUGCCUGACAUUAGACUUGCGGUCAUGGUCUCGUAUCAGUCGAACAGCCUGGUACAGAGGCUAUCGUCGGUGUCGAGGGCCAAGCGCCGCCAGCUCUACCGCGAAGCUUCGUCUCCAGGAAUGGCGCCGCUGCACAGUGGUGUGCGCCAGGAAGGAAAUAAUGACAAGUUCCUUGACACUUGCCUUAUUGACAGCUUGCGUGGUCUUGGUUACAAGAUUCCUUACUCCCGCGAUGGACCGUUCUGGGCCAAAGCCGAUGGGGAUCGGUUUCUGGCGCCAUAUGGGCCGCUAAGCUGCAUACGGAUAGUGGACUAUAACAGAAGCCACCGAGACGCACUGAAGCGUUGCGUGGUUGCUGUCCCCAUCCACGCAUUGAACUCCCACGGCAGCUUCGUGGUUUGCUUCCGCGAGCAUUUUGUAGCUGUUCGCAGAAAUGAAGAAGGUCUUUGGGUAAACCAGACGCACAGAACGCAUGAAUGCAAGCCGCUGAGUUUACGUACUCGGCGUGGCACAGCACUGGCGUGGUCGCAAGAGCAGAAUCACUUAACCUUCUGGAAGUGGACGGCGUCUUCCGGAUUGAAGCAGAAGGCAUUGGACGAGAGCGCGAAUGUCUAUACCCACGAUGUCAAAGCAUCCGACAAACCGCUGAACGCAGCUGGAGAUGAACUGCAACACGGGUCCGUGAGUCUUGAUGCCGAUCAGGCGGGCUUCAGUGUGAGUGAAGGCGUCGAUUCAGAGCUGGUACCGCUUGAAGAUGAUUGCACGAAGGAUGUCACAGGAGGGGCAACGUUCCUGCAAACUUGCUGGGCUACAUGUCACGGCUUCAUCGUGCAAGAAGAUGGUGAGCGGCGACAGUCUGCCUCGCGCUAG